AUGCUCGAAAAGCCGUUCUCCAUCCUUUCACCACAACUACAGUCAAUGCUGCAAGAUCUUCCGGCGAGACAGAGGUCGCAAAGGCUCGCAAAUAAAGCCAAAGCAGAGGACACGUUCACGAAGUAUUUCCUUCAGUUCAAGCAGAAAGCUCGCAACAUCAACAACGCCAAUGAGCUCCUUCCAGGCUUAAACGAUAUCCUGGAUGCCUUUGAGGCCAUGCCCCUUGAUUUAGUCAAGUAUCUAACGCUCCUCAAAGAAAUUGAUGCAAAGUGCAUCAACACGAUUCCAUUGAUUAACAGGCAAAUCACGAGCUAUAUUGACGAUCUCCAUAGAAACGGAGCUCCAGAUGCGUUAUCCAGAGAUGAAAAGACCGUAAGGCUUGGCCGCUUAAAGAAACGCAUUUUUGAAGUCAUUCCAUGUUUGGAAGAGAAGAUGCACGUUACCUCGGUAGCUAACGACGUCAUGGCCAAACAUUUGCACAGAAUUGAUAAUGAUUACAAAGUGAUUAUAGGGAACAACGAGAUCCCCGAGCUGGUGAGACUCGGACCCCUUAACCACAGAGCUAUGAUCCAUGAUCCUGCUGCUGCAGCUGAGGCGGCGAAACUGGCGCAGUCGCAGCGUCUGGAGUUGAGAAGAGAGGCUCUUGCAGCGAGGAAAGCUAAUAAAGAUGGAGACGAAGAUGACAGUGGUAAACGACGUCGUGGAGGUGCAAGUAACGGGCGCGAAACAACGCCUCUAGAGAACAAUUCUGGUGCAGGCGCCAAUGGUACUGGCAACAGUGGGGUGCUGAAUUCUCGGAAACGUAAAGGACAAGAUGAUAAGGGCCCGGUGCCUCCAGAGAAGAAGCGCGCAGGAACGAAACCAAAGAAAGACAAAGACGAAGAGGGUGGCACCGGAGCAAGAGCUGGUCUGCUGGGGCCCUCAGGGGGCGAGCCAACGUACUGUUACUGUGACCAGGUCUCCUUCGGAGAGAUGGUGGGAUGUGAUGGAGAUUCGUGUAAGAGAGAGUGGUUCCACUUACCGUGUAUUGGUUUCAAGAACCCACCAAAGGGCAAAUGGUAUUGUGACGAGUGUUUGGCGAAGAUGAAAAAGAAGCCAGUCAAGUGA